AUGUCUCAACCUCGAAUUUCAAAUGAACAAAAUCCUUCUCGUCGUAGUGACUUCAAAGGAUUGAUGGAAAACUUGGAAGAGAAUUAUAACAAGUUGAAUCUGGAAAAUCAAAAAUUAAACAAAAAAAUUUCUAGCUUAGAUAAAGAAAUAGUCCAGUACAAAGAGAAAAUCGGAACUUUGGAGACAGAAAACUUUACAUAUAAAAAUGAGUUGAUCAGAUACCAACAUGAAAUCGAGCCAAAGUACAAUGAAAAAAUUAAAAAUAUGGAAAUACAAUAUAACAACAAUAUGGCUAAAUACAAACAGGAAGUUGAGGCAUUUUACAAUAAUAUAAUUGCAGGUUUGAAGGCAGAAGCAGACAAUUCCAACAGAGUUUUGAUUGAAGCUAUAGAGAGAUUAAACAGAAGAUUAGAAAAUCCAAAUUUAUUUAAUCAGCCUAUUUUAGGUGAUGGUCUGUCGAAUAAUUGUUCAAGUGAGGAGGACACAGUUCAACUUUCAAUUGAUAUAAAUUCUUUACAGUGUAAAAUUAAGGACUAUGUUACUACUUUAAAAGGUGAUAUAAAAAUUGAUAAUGAUAAAAUUCAAGGAUUAUAUGGAAAAUAUAAUUUAAAUACUCAAAAUCUAACAGAUAAAAUUUUGAUGAAAGCAGUUUUACAACGUUAUGUUUUAGAAAAUGGUUUUAAAUUUGUAAAUGACUAUCUUGAAAUUAAAGAUGAUGAUGAUCCCAAUAGUCCUAAUAAUCAAGAAAAAUAUAUUAUAUAUUAUACAAAUAAAUUAAUAGAUUUACUUGAUAAAUUUUAUAAUAGUCGUUUUAAGCAAAAUAAUAAUAUGGUUGAUGAUAUUUCAACAAAAAUACGUCAACAAGUUUAUGGUAUAUUGGAUGAUGAUAAAAGAAAAACUGCAGAAAAUAUAGCAGAAAAUCUUAUCAAAGAUAUUGUUAGAAUAUUUAAAUUUCGUUUGUUAAUUCAAGAACCAAAAUGUGAAGUACACUGGUUAAAAAAUAAUGCAAAAAUAGUUAUGAACCAUCAAUGGGAUGGUGAUUAUCCAAAUGAUUAUAUCAUGGGUAUUUGUUAUUUUCCCUUAACUGGGAUAGAAUCAGAUGAAGUUUAUGUUCAACCAAACAGUUAUCCACCACCACUUCCUCCAAAACCUUUAAUUGGAAACUCACCAAGAAAUUCAAUUGAGAAACCAUCACCUGUACCACAAAUUCCAAGUUCCGAUGACAAAAAAAUAGUUGAUUUUACCAGAGGAGCCCGACCUUGUUUUACAAAAAAGAAGGGGAAAGGGAAAGGGAAAGAUAGAGAACAAUGA